AUGGAGGCCUGCAUAGCCCCAACCAACCCCGCCGCCGCCAUCCGCGCCGCCGUGUCCGGCCACGGCGACAAGCCCGCGGCCGCCGCGGAGGACGGCACCGUAGCGGCGGCGCCGGCGCCCGCGCCGGCGCUGGAGCCGUGGUCGCGGCUGGUGGCCGGCGGGCGCGCGGCGGCGGGGGAGGGGCGGGCGGAGCAGGUGCAGAGGCUGAUGGAGGCGUCGAAGCCGGUACUGGACGGCCUCUACGCGGAGUUCAGCCGGCAGGCGGAGAGGCAGGGGUGGAAGCUGCACGCGACGAUGCUCAACCCGCGGGAGACGCGGCUGCUGCGGGUGCAGCCGCUCGCGGCAUGA